AUGACCGAGGAGACGGAGGAGCUGCCACGGCAACCUAUGCACCUCUCGGAUGACGGCAAAGGACCGCUAAGUAUCAAUGACGCCGUCAUGACCGACAGUCUAGAGUCACCAGUCGCCAAUGGUUUUGCUACGCUUUCUGCUCGAGCAGCUGACGCCGAUUGCGAUAGCUUUGCACAAUCCGGCGGUGCGCUUAUGUCUGAGAGUGGUGCGGUGUCUUCGUUGGACAUGUUGGGGUCGUUUGGUGUCGAGCGGGACGGACUAGGCAUAAAGGGAUAUCUCUGUAUGCGUGAUGAGGGCGUGACGUACCACCGCAUGAAGCGCUUCUACUGUCGCUGCGUUGGUGUUAACUUCUCGCGGUUUGCGUCACGGGAUGCAGCAUCUGCAAUGAUUACGGCGCUAUUUAGUGCCGAGGUGCAGAAGGUAGAGGCGUGGGACGGUAAGGGCCUUUGGCACACAUAUCGCCACUCGUUCAAGCUUUCGUUCACGUCGGGCGAUGUAUUCAAUAUGGAUGCUGACUCGGAGGAGGACAAGCGACAGUGGAUCGAGUACAUUCAGACGGCGUUGAUAGGAAUGAAGGCUGCAGUUGAAAAGUGGUUCGCGGAUGUUUCUGCGCGCCCUGACAUCAUGGCGCUUACCCCUGGAGGCCUUACGUUUGUUGAGAAGUCCAAUCCUCCCAAGUUUAAAAACGACAUAACUUGCUGCCACCCCGGUUGCCAUGUACGAUUUGAGAGCACUGGCAAGAGACAGCACCACUGUCGAAAUUGCGGUGGAUCUGUUUGUUCGGACCAUAGCUCUAGGUUUGCAAUGCUUCGACAUUUCCACAUGAAUUACCCUGUACGACUUUGCAUGGGAUGCUACCGCGUACAGUGUUUCGUGUUGUGGCUCAGCAUGUUGCUACAGCGUCUCAACAUUGCUCAAAUAGAGGAAAAUGGCAUGCCCAAACCUUUAUUGUCUAAGGCCGACGAAGAUGAAAUGGAGGCAUUGAUCGCGAUCUUUGGAGACGGCGGCUUUGGUAUUUUUGAUGUAAUCCAAAUGCUUCAUUUGCAUCGCCACGGGUGCGAUGAAGCGUAUGCAUACGCGGUGAACAAGCUUUUGGAGCUUUCAGCGUGUAAUUUGGCGGAUUUUGAAUUUUUCCUUCCUCAAAUAUUUCAGAUGUGGCUAACGGUAGACUGGGCAAGCAACAACAUUAAAGCAGCGCUGCUAUUUCGAGUUUUAUGCUACGCAACUCAAUUGCACAUCCGACUCGCGACGGCAAUCUACUGGUUGACCCGUGCAGCAAUCGACGAUAGCUGUGGCUGGGGCUUUGGUCAGUCCGAGCUGUAUGUACCUGAUUUUUUGUAUCGAAAGAUGAGCAUGUGCAAGAUAUUGAUGAUUAAUGUGGAGAUGCAGAUAUCUCGUAAUGACUGGUCUUUUGAGGUAGACAAGGACUUGCAAGCUUCGAGUGAGCAAGCUGCCAUCAUCAAGUGCCUAUUUGAUCGUUUGUUAGUCCUUGUUCAUGUAGACUCAAAGUCUACAAUUCCCUUCGGUGCAGUUUGCGAUGCCAUGAGUAGCUGUUCCAUUCCUCGAGACUAUUUACUUCCCAGCAAUACAUUAUCAGAAGACUCUUAUGAUGGGGAGGAGUGUCGAGUGUUCACUAACCAAAUUCAAUUUAUUGAAGAGCUAUGUGCAAUGACCGAAAGGCUACGAUUUCUUCCCCCUGAUGAGCGAAAAAAGGCGUUACGGCUUGAGCUUCAAAAGCUUGAGCUGCCGAAAGGGGUGCUUUGCCCACUAGGUUCAUGUAACAACCCGAUGCAGCGGCUCCUUACGAUUGCAAGAGACGAAGGAACCGUUUUUACGACAAGGGCUCGCGCACCGACACUGAUGUUCUUCGAAGUUGCAAGAUUGAAAACAGCUUGUGAGAAGAAUGCAUGGCUGCACGGCGGCCGAUCUCUCAUCAUCAGUGCUCAAAACGAACAGACUAGUGAUUCCGAGGAGAUCAUUAGCGCCAAUGGGUCAAACGUUCUGGCUCCUGCUUCUGAAGUUAAGCUUGCUAAAAAUGCUAUAGAAAUGGCUACAAGCAGCGAUAUUGCACAAGUGAUUGAGAUGGGCACCUUUUCUGGUACUGGUGAAGAGCAAGAAGAUGACGGUCCUAAACAUACAAGUGACGAGGAGUCGUCCGGUAGCGAUGAUGAAAAUAGCGAAAAGGAAGAGCAAAGAGACCGUGUUUCGUCGGAUCCUUUACCGUCAUUGGCCACCCUAGCUCGUGCUGUAGGUGUGAAGAAUAAGCGCAGUCGUCGUGACCGUUCUGGCUCGUUGAUAAUUUCUACGACGAAAUCUUUCGAUUCUAUCAUUGCUUCCUGCGCUGACACAAUUAAGAUUCGACGAAGGCGCUCAAUCAGUGAAGGUACUGCGUUUAGUGGGCUUGCGAAAUCGCAAAGCAACAAGUUGGUUUCCAUGCUGAGCAAUGUAGAAAGUUUUACAGAUGACCAAUUGAUCUCUAUAGCUCAGAACAUGGAGACCAGUAUGCUGAAGAGCGAUCUGUUUGGUCAUUCUAUCUUUACUGGUAAAGAAAUUGUGGAAUGGAUGACUAAGAACGAAAUUGUGUCGAACGCAGCCCAUGCGCUUUGGUUAGGAAGUGAGCUACUUCGCUGUGGCGCUUUGGAGAAAACGGCGCCUUCAUUCAAUGCUCUCAGUGGUUUUGCUGCCAAUGAGGCGACAUUUUAUCAGCUGAAGAAUGAGUUGAGCACACUUUUCCAAUCUCCUGAGCGCCGCCACACACUGCAGUUUGACGCUCCACUGAGUUUAGAGCAAUCGACCGAAGAACCAGCCAUGGAAUAUACUGAUCAGGAGCGGCCAAUACCUCGCACGUCCUCGCGAUCAACAGUAAAGCCCCAGGAAACGAAGGUGGACAUUCCAGAAUUAGCUGAUACAGUGGUCAAAACAACAGCCGAAAGCGCUCCAAACUCUAGCUCCAAAGCUUCAAGGCCACUCAAGGAAGACGUCGGGGGCCUUUCCGAGGAAAGACGUUCUGUCGCUUCAAAUGUCCAUGGUGGCUCAUUCAUUCUAAAAUUUGAUCCUGAGGUAGCCAUUUCAGCAAUGAACUCAGUGGAGCAAGCAAUACAGCAGUAUGUGUUACCGCAAGACGAUAUUGAAAAUACUGCACAACUAAUUGAAGACCUCCACAUUCUACGGGAGCAGCUAAGUAUUGUGCACGAGUAUGUUACCGACAAACGGAAACGCCUUCACGUUGCAGUAGAGUCGGCGUUUGGAGAAAGCUUUGAAGAGAAAAGGGAACGCUUGCGCGCAACAUCGCACUUUCGGGCAUUGGAGUUGAAAGAUUGGGACUGCGUUGCGUUUAUUGUCAAAUCCAAUGACGACCUGCGCCAAGAGGUUCUGUGUUUGCAGAUUAUUCAUCAGCUGCAAGAUAUCUUUCAAAGUGCAGAUUUGCCCCUUCGCUUGUUGCCGUAUGAGAUUAUUGCAACUUCAGCAUCAACUGGCAUGAUUGAGUAUGUUAAGAACGCAGUGUCCCUUGAUGCUUUGAAAAAGAGGGACAACUACACCUCAUUAGCGGAUCACUUUUUGAAAACGUAUGGCCAGGCAGAUUCUGCGGCGUACAAGACAGCAAUGACAAACUUCGUGCGGAGCAUGGCUGCUUAUUCUUUGGCGUGCUACUUAUUGCAGAUCAAAGACCGUCAUAAUGGCAAUAUCAUGAUCGACAGCGAUGGUCACGUGAUCCACAUCGACUUUGGGUUUAUCCUUGGUAUUGCUCCCGGGGGCCGGUUCAGUUUGGAGACAGCUCCGUUCAAGCUGACGGGUGAAAUGGUUGACGCAAUGGGCGGCACUCAAUCGGACUACUUUAAGGCCUAUGUCAUCUUCCUCAUCCAAGGAUUUUUGGCUCUUCAGCAACAUGCCGAUAGUAUUUUGAUGAUGAUCGCAAUCAUGGCGCACGAGUCGUCAUGCCCGUGCUUUUUGUCUCAACAUCCUCGAGACAUCUUAACCACAACAGCUAUCGUACUCGCCAGUACGACGUUUUUCAGCGUAUGA